AUGCAAAUCACCAAUGUCCUCGCUAUCCUGUCCGCAGUGGCAGCGACUGUUGCCAGCCCCGUGCUUGAUCCAUCCAAGCACAACGUCGCUGAAGACGGUUUCGAUUUUGAACACGCUUCGGAGAACACUGCCAAUCUCAUGAAGCGUCAGAACCGAUACUGCUACCAGAGUGGCGUUAAGUUUGGUGACAACACGGACUGGGCUAUCGACCGCGCCGGUCGCUGGUGCUCUGGAAACGGAGGAUCCGGAAAAUUCCGCCAGGGCCAGAUAAAGAAGGGCUGCUACAACUAUUGGCAGUCUGACAAGAACUAUCACUUCCUUUUUGAGAUGCAGAAUACUCAGCCCAAGGAUUACACCUUGUCGUCCAAGGAAUGUCAGAUUUGGCUGCAGCACAUGAUUGAGAAUUGCCGACAGGGAGGCACAAACCAUAACAGCAGAUUCAAGUGGCGUGUUGAUCCCGAAGAUGGAAGAUGCUCUUAA